AUGAUCGUAUUCGGAAGUCAAGAUAGUCAACUCAAGUAUUCUUACUGUUUGGCCAGAUGCCCCUGCUGUCUCCAGCGGCGGUGUCACAAUAGACACCGGCUGGCCGCGGCCGAACCGUACGAGCUCGUAAAUAAUCCUCGGAAUAGUUCAGAAUUUCGAACCGACACCAAUAUAGUUAUAUUUAGCUCCGCUUCCGCUACUCUUAGAAUAUUUCAAUGUGCUUCUGACAUUCCGAGGAAAACAUCGUAA